UGUUUUGGGCAGCGAGCGGGAGGAGUCGGAGGCGGCGGCAGUGGUGGCAGCGACACAGGGCAGGAAAGGGCAGGCCGGGCGAGCAGGCAGACCGGCCGACCAGACAGCCGGCCGGCAGCAGCGAGCUAACCUAGCAGCCUAGCGCGUACACCUCUGACCAACCGCCCACCAAGUCAAGUCAGGUUCCGCCGGGCCCCGGCCCGCGCGCCGCAGCCGUGGUGGCAGCCCCGGGAGGCGCACUGGCGUCCGUUUCCUUCGAUCCGCGGGAUUUGAAGAUGGCUGCUCAGGCGGCGCCGAAAGUUGUGCUAAAGAGCACCACCAAGAUGUCUCUCAAUGAGCGCUUUACUAAUAUGCUGAAGAACAAACAGCCGAUGCCAGUGAAUAUUCGGGCUUCGAUGCAGCAACAACAGCAGCUAGCCAGUGCCAGAAACAGAAGACUGGCCCAGCAGAUGGAGAAUAGACCCUCUGUCCAGGCAGCAUUAAAACUUAAGCAGAAGAGCUUAAAGCAGCGCCUGGGUAAGAGUAACAUCCAGGCACGGUUAGGCCGACCCAUAGGGACCCUGGCCAGGGGAGCAAUCGGAGGACGAGGCCUACCCAUAAUCCAGAGAGGCUUACCCCGAGGAGGACUCCGUGGGGGACGUGCCACCAGAACCCUGCUUAGGGGCGGGAUGUCGCUCCGAGGUCAAAACCUGCUCCGAGGUGGACGAGCCGUAGCUCCCCGAAUGGGCUUAAGAAGAGGUGGUGUUCGAGGUCGUGGAGGUCCUGGGAGAGGGGGCCUAGGGCGUGGAGCUAUGGGUCGUGGCGGAAUCGGUGGUAGAGGUCGGGGGAUGAUAGGUCGGGGAAGAGGGGGCUUUGGAGGUCGAGGCCGAGGCCGUGGACGAGGGAGAGGUGCCCUCACUCGCCCUGUACUGACCAAGGAGCAGCUGGACAACCAGUUGGAUGCGUACAUGUCGAAAACAAAAGGACACCUGGAUGCCGAGUUGGAUGCCUACAUGGCACAAACAGAUCCAGAAACUAAUGAUUGAAACCUGCCCGCCCUCCUGUGAGAGACUCUUGUUCAAAAGUCACCACAUCUGUAAAUACCCUUGAGAUAACAGAUGGAGAAGAAGCCUGAACGAUGCUGGAAGGACCUAUCACGAUAGGCCAUGGACUUAACUUGCCACCAGUUUGUGCAUUUAGUGUGUUCCUUUUUUGAUACUGUGUUGUAUGAAACCCCUUUUUCCUCUGACGCGGGUUUUGUUUUGUUGUGUUUGGGGUUUUUACCCCCAUCGCUCUGACUUCUCUUUGAACAUGAAUGUGGCGGACUCGUGGCUAGAACACCCUCUUCUCGUCUCUGUGUCCGUGUGAAAAAAGUCCCAGAAAGAGCCCAUCAGUGUUCCUUCCUGAUGGCCUAGGUUCUGUUCUACGUGACCUUUAAUAGCCUCUUAGAAGUGUUUACAAAACGUGCAGCUCAGAAAUGAAUUCUGCCGCACUAAUUCAUCAGUGUAGUAAAUUAGGGACACUGACAUAGCCACAGGUCCACAUAACAGGUUACACAUGGUAACACCUGAUUUGAUUAAAGUCACUUCUCUGUACAUUGACACCACA